AUUUCGUUCGGCACAAUGACCUGAUGGAUGGGGAAAAGAAUGAAUGCCUUGCGGUAUUGUUUUGUAAUUUAUAUUCUCUCAGGAUCUAUCCUCUGUGAAUUAAGCAAAUGUACACUGAAUCCUGACCACACUGAGGAGAUCUGUAACGGUGGAGGUUCUUUCUAUCGUAUCGAAAGCUGUCGCGAGAGGUGAGAUAUUUCGCGUAAAGUUUGUCGAAUUGUCUUAUCUGUUUCCUCAAACUCGUCAAACAUCGAAAUUUUUUAAUUUUAAUUUUUUAAAAAAAAAAGAGUAAGUAGAAACAUGGUUAGUGUGCUAGUGAUUUUUGAUACGUAUGUGUUCCUUAUUAAAUUUAUCUAAGAGCUUCGGUUGUGAAAUUCGAUUGCGAAUUGAAUGAUUUUUGUUGACUUUUGGUUAUAUUUAUAUACAACAACUUGGGUGAUAAAUGUGUCGAAGAUGAGCAUUUUUGACUGGUCCUACUCAAAACAGUGUUUUGAAGUAUUGUCAGAGUAGUCUAAAAUGUACAUCCUCAUCGAAAAAGUAAAACUUUUCGCCUCUUUCUUCACCAUAGAAAAGAACGUGACUUGGAAAGUGGAUAGUUAUGUAUGAGCAUAGAAGAUUUCCAUAAUACAUCCAUUUGAUAACCAGCUGGUUUUCUAAAGAAGAGUUGUAACAGAAAAUACCGUCAUAAAAAUUUUUUGAAAGUGUAGAUGUGAGAAUUUAUGAUCAUGGAUACUGAUGACCUGUUUAACAAAAUUUAUUUUUAAGGGCAAUUUAUUGAAGAAUAAAUUACUUACCACGAUUAGCAUUUCAUUUCUGUGAUGACUGUACUUUUUAUAUCAUGGAGAAAAAGGAAUAGACUUUAGCUCAGAUGUUUACACGGUUCAGCUGGCAUCUGCUCAUUUCCUGUUAGGAUAUGGAAUAUACCAGGGUAUAGUGCUAGGGGGUUUUUUGCCUGUCAUUUUGUAAUAAAUGUUUUGAACUGUAUGACAUGUGUUUAUCACAUGGUUUUAAGGUUUGGUUAGGGAGCAUAGCAAUAAAGAAUACCACAAAUUACAGGAACUAGACAGAAGUUACCAUUAGAUUUAAAUGGUUCUUACUUAUAUUUUGCCUGGUGAUUAUUAAAUCUGAAUGAAUUCCCUUUUGGCUUAAUGAAAGAAUCAAAUUACAUAGCUACACAAUUGUAUUAAGGGCUGGAUUUCAGAUGUCUGGAAAACUAUAUUUUGCUGACAUAUCAGGAGACUGUCAAAUGUUUGUCUUUUGGAUUAUAGAUGCCACAUUAUUUGUGACACAGGAGUAGUCAGAAGCCAAGCAUUAUAAGAUGAUUGGUAACAAGCUAAAACUAUCUUUGUGGUCUGGAUAGGAAAAAUAGAAGUUUUCCUAUAUCUUAAGUAAAUGAUUGCUGCUGAUUUUCAUGGAGAUCUGGGAUGCAUUGGGAAAAUAGAAAUGGUUCCUGAUUUUUCCUAAUGUGUCAGGGGCCAUUGCAAACAAUUGGAAUGUUUAGGGGUUGAGUCUUUAGUCAGAAAACUCUGGGAUGGCCAGAAAACAGAGAAAUCCCCAACCAUCUGGGAUUGUCCCCAACUUAAAAAUCAGCCUAAGUAAAUUUCAAAGUGGUUCUAACUUUGAUUUUGAAUUUUUCUUUAGGCAUGGAGAAUCAGAUGUCAAUAUACCUGUAACACCAAAACCAUCCAGGUCUGCUUGGCUCAUUGAGACAGAUGAGUAAGAAACAAAGCCAUUCUUCUCACAAGUUAUAUUUGUUAGAUGACAGUCAGUGACAAAAGUCUUGGAAAUGUUGAAUGAAAUUUUUUAAUCAGAUUGUGAUGACAAUGUUUGUUAAAAAAAAAUAAACUGAAACUUAAAACUUUGCACUUUUUUCAGACCCAAAAACAACCGAUCUGUGAUACUGAAUAUAAUUAAGUUUUCACGACUGUGUGGUAAUAUGAAAUUGUAUAUUUAUGAUGGAACCUCAGUACGAUCACCACUUAUUGCCAUAUACAGGUAAGAUGUUAUUCUGUUAAUACAACCAGUUUGGAGAAUAUUGGGUGUCAAUUUUGAUAAUCAUAGAAAUUGUUUUGUGAUCAUUAUGGGUCAAUCACUUUAUAGCUUCAACAUCCCUUCCCUGGGCAACCCCUGGGCAUUUGAUCUCUAAUAGAUUGGUUUGUUCAAAUUCCUGCCUCCCAAGGCAAAAGAUGUGUUCAAGUGCCCCACCUAAUUUUUUUGUGACCAAGCUUUAAAACCUAGACCUUAUGGACCUUAUAGACCUUUUCUUCGGAACCGUUUGCUUGCAAAAGUGAGCUACAUGUAUUUACUUUAAAACAGAUACAAUGCAUCUACUCUGCUGGAAAAACGUCACACUGCCAGUUCAAAUUCCCCACCCAAACCAGGCAAGGUUCAAACUCUCCACCUGCUGGGCACAGAUGAUGGUCAAAUGCGUGUUGGUUGUCUGAGGGGAAGGGGGAUUGUUGAAGCUUCAAAUUGAUAAGCACAUAAAGUCAUAGUAACAAGUGUGGUUUGAAUCACUGAUAAAAUUUUAUUGUGUGGGCACCAGGCUGUGAUGCUUAAACCCAGUUACUUGUGAAACUCAGAUAGUUCUGAAUACUUUUUAUUUGAUUCUGACUGGUUAAUUGGGAACUCACCACUCACAGUAAAGUUCAAGCCAGGCAAACAAAUCUUGAGAUGGCAAAUUGAUAGUUGCUGUUUGCAGUUUAGUGUUCUUACAUGCUUGUUUGGCUUUUCCUCUGAAACACACAAACAUUUGUGAAAUAUUUCAAGGGUCCUAGUUGUUUGACUUUUGUUGUAAGUGCUCAUCUGUUUGAUAAUCCUUUUGGGUGAGUCAGCGGGAAGCCUUAUCAUGGACUCAUCUUGGUUACAUGUAUUUUCAUUUGGGACUUACAGCAAGUAAGUGAAAUCUGGGUCAUUGAAUAUAUAUAGGCAGAUUAUUUACACAAAGUCUAACCCAAACCAUGGUUUUAUGCAAGCAGUGGGCCUCAGGUAUGCUCUUUAAGAGGGUUGAAUUGAUUAAAUUAAUGUCUGUUAGUUUUUAGCCUUAUUGACACUGUUCCCAAAAACAAAUGUUCAGAUAAAAGGUUUGGCUAAAUUUAAAAGAUAGUUUAGAACCAAGUUUCAUUGAAGAAUGGCUAAACUUUGUUCAAGUAGCAAGCUCCAUGUUUUCAAAUGGGAAGCAUACAAAUUAACAUGUAGCUUUUGAAUUAUUUUCAGUAACCUUAUCAAAGCAAGGACCAGAGAAAAGCCUAGUCCACUUCUUCAAGCAACAUCUGGAUCUGCACUUAUUGUUCUCAGCAGAAGAAAUGACAAGAUAGAUGAUUGUUGCUUUGUCAUUAAGUACAGGUAAGGCAUAAAGUUCGUUUCUACACUUUGCACACCACAAGUUAAAAAGGAAAUUGAUUUGGCACUUAAUUUCUUCUUUAAAUAUUUAGAUAGACCACAAUAACAAAAUCGUUGAUUUGCUUUUCAACUGUAGAAUGUACAUUUUAUCGAAAUUAAAUUAAGUGCAGUUUUCAACGUUCCCCAUUGAAACUUAUUUCCUAAUUAUAAUACCAAUUACUUUGCUAAUUUAUCAUGCUAUUGUAUUAUACUUAUUGAUUUUCAUUCAAAUUAAGAAUGUGUCCUUCCAAAACGAAUGAAGAAAACUAUUGCCAGUACUGGUUAUAACAGAUAGUGCUUUGGAACUUAUAAGCCAUUGCUUCUUCUUAUUUCACCUCUUUCAAUGUUGUAGUUUUGAGGAGAAGUGCCCCAUAGAGUGUGGCAGGCAUGGUCUAUGUUCAAAAGGGAUUUGUAAUUGUAGUGCUGGGUGGACGUCCAGAAACUGCAGCUUACCAACAUGUCCAGUUGUAUGUAAUAAUGGCUCAUGUGAUGCCAAGACCAGGAAGUGUAACUGUGCCAGUGGAUAUUCAGGUUUGUGAAAAUUCUGAAAUUAUACCCUCUUAUCCUCACUUACCAGUAUAUAGACCCUUAGAAGUGUUAUAGUGCUAACUCUUGCUAUAUGCUUGAAGCAUAUUGAUCAUUAGUAACAGUUAUUUGUAAUAAUAUAAAUUGAUAAAUAAAUGCAAAUAUAACAAUAAUAAUCAUAACAUAUCACUUUACUUCAGCUGCAAGUUCCCUUCAAGUUUAGCUGGGAGGUUUAAAUCCUUUCAACUUUUGUUUUCCAUUCCUUCCUGAUUGAAAUAGACCUUUUGGAGCUCAAAAUGAAAAGUAAUUAAUUAUUCUAAACGAUACAAGAUAUGUUCAGAAAUGCAGGCAGUAACAAAAAUGGUAAAAAUUCAUCAAAAUUGUCAAAUCAGCCAAGCUGAUUCUUCAAAUCCUUGAAUUUUCACCUAGUUUGACAAGUUUUAUUGUGUUUAGAUUGGUUCAUGUUCUUUGUGUUUGGAUGCAAACCACUAAGAAAAAUUGUUAUUAAAAAUAUAUAUAUUUUUAAUCAUUUUUUUAAAGCCCGGCACCACCAUCUAAAAGCCUUUCUGGGAGGAACUUUUUUUUAAAGAAAACAAAAACAAAUAGAGCAGGUGGUACUAAAAAAAAAAAGAUUUUGUUGGCUUACAGUGUAUUUCUUUAUUUUCAUGUCUGAGGAAAGUUUGCCACAAAGUUUUGUCCUAAUUUGCAUGAACCAGUUCUUGUGACUUGUGUUCAAACAUAAUGAAGGUGGAUGAAGUUAAAUGUAUUUCCUGUUAAUCCUGUGGGAACCUUUGAGUGAUAAAUGUUUGAUGUUGCAGGAGAAUCAUGUAAUAUCACUGAUAAUAGGAACUUUUGGAGCUCACCCGUGGCAAAUAACCAAGGUAAAUUGUCAUGCCUUAGACUCUCUGACUCAUGGGAGCUAAUAAGUCUCUAAUGCUUUUAAAUUAGAGGUCUAUGGAAAAGGGGUGUCUAAUGCCAAAAUGAUGGUUGUUUUUUUCCCUCUAAACCAUUGUUCAGCUUUAACUUGUAAAAGCUGGAAACAAUGUACAUUUCAUUUGUAGAUCAUGCGAUGGAAUUGUUGUCAAAAGAAAACCUGUUUUAGAAUAUUCCGUCUAUACCUUAGUGGGUAAUGUUGGUUAUAAACAUCUAUGAAAUUGUGACAAUUAUAGCAUAACUGUUUUCAAAGGAAAUUGUGCAAUAAUUAUUGAUUGAGUUUGGGGCAGGUACAAAUUUGUUGCAGAACUUCAUGUGUAUGCAAAGAAAAUGAGGAAUAUGUCAUGGGAAGGCGAUAGGUUUAUCAGAAACUUUACCCCCUCAAUGGGUUCAUGAAAGUGGAAUUUUAUAGUACUUGUUUGGUUGUAUUAAAUUUUCAUGAAUAUGUUGUGUUUAAGUUCUGCUUUGGGCAAACAAUUCUUCUUCUUUUUUAAAUUACUGAAAAUGUAGCAAGCACAUACAUUGUGCAGAGUGUGUAGUGCUUGUAGAGUCUGUUGGUGCAUGAACAUUCCUGUGUGGUCUUCAUUCAUUGAUAUUCAGUUUUAAACUUCUCUUAAUUUAAGAUGCUCUAGAUGGUGUUUCUUCUCAUGCUAUGGCUGUAGUUGGAAAUUACAUAUGGGUUUUUGGUGGAUUUUCGUUAUCAAAAGGACCCCUGGAUGUAUUAGCAAGGUACUAUUUCGGCCAAUAUUCAAGUGUUGUAUUUUUUAUUUCUUUAAUUGUAUUACAGAUCAGUAACAGGUUUUUCUUUGAGGUAUUAAGAUGCCAAAUUUAAAGUUUUCUGAAAAGUAGAUGAUUGUGGGUCCAGAGGACCCAUGUGAGGGGCUUAAGUCCAUUGUUUCUAGGGGUUGGGGUGCACUCCCUGGAUUUUGUUUUUGAAUUGAAGGCUGAAAAAUGUAUUUCCUGGCAUUUUGGGGCUUGUAACUUGACAUUAGAGAGACAAUUUAAGCUGCAAUUAUGCUGUGAAAUUUUUGUCUCAAAAUCCAAUGUGUGGGACAACAAAUUAUAUUGUAUGUACAAUGUACUUUCCUGCACAGCAGUAUGAUUUGUUGAAAAAAGACAGUCAUGAACAUAAUGUUUCUACACUGUCCUUGAGUCAGCGAUCUUUUUGAUGUUUUAGACAAGAUAGGCACUGCAAAUUUAUACUUUUAUGAGCCUAAAGUUAGACCUGAUAAACAUCAUCUCCUCACCAUAUCGUGACUCUUGAAGUAAUGAAAAUGGCCGACAAAACCUUGCAGACCGGCAAGCUGAUGAAUUUUACCAGCUUCCAGCUCUUAUAUACAAGCUUGCAAUAGGGAAUGCAAUUAUCAUUCACAUAAUUUUUCUUUUCAUAUUAUUUUGGGUUCAUCUCUCAAGAGUGUCACUUGAUAGGAUUAGGACAGUAAUUUAUGACCUAACCUUUUUUCAGGUUAUCCCUGAGAAAUUGUUCUGCAGACGUGACAAAUAAAUUUUUUGCACUUGUUGGAUAUGAGAUUGGAUAUAGCCAACAUGCUUGCAUUGAAAAAUCGUUAAAACUUAGGCUAUUAGUAGGUAUGGAUUGACAUGUUUUAAAAUUCUUUGGUCUUCUUUAGAUACAAUAUAAGAGCAAAUAGAUGGGAAAUUAUUCAAGCUUCAACUGAAAAACAUCAACGACCAUCAGCAAGAUAUGGGCAUUCAUUAGUGGCAUAUGAUGUGAGAAUCAGAAUAAUCCUUCCUCCUUUAUAAAAAUGCAUGUUGUAGUUGCGUCUCUUCUACAUUUAAUAAAGGAAUGAGCAAGCUAAUAUUUACCAGUGUGGAACUCACUUCAAAAACUGCUGACUAUAAAGGCCUGUUCAAACACACACAAAACUUUAAUGCAAUAGAAUUUCGACCAUUUCUAAACUUAAUCCAACACCAUUGAACAUCUUAUAGCAUGUUGUAACAUGUAGCUAUAGGCUGGCCAAACAGGUGCAACAUGUUGCAUGCAACAAUGUUGCAAGAUGUUGCAUUUGAAUGUUAAAUACAUUUGACCAGGCCUUCAUGAUAUCAAUUCGUUUGAUUGACUGACAACAAUGGCAAAUUGGUUAAAUCAGAUUGCGACCUUACUACCAAAUGUGGUAAAAUAUCCAAUUUGUCCUUCAUUUCCGGUUUCAGAAUCACCUCAUCUUGUUUGGUGGAACUUGCAAGAAAGGAGCUGUUUCUAAUGAAACCUGGAUAUUAAACACUACAUCAAGGCAGUGGACACUGUUAAGGAGUUCAGUCAAUAAACCAGUGGGUGUAUCAGGACAUACAGCCACUGUUGUUGAAAAUGAGAUGAUUGUUUUGUUUGGAUAUAAUCCUGAACAAGGGGUUUCAAACUUGAUCCAGGUAUUUGGGCUUGGUAAGUGAAUGGCACGUCUAGUUUUCUUCAUUUCUUUAGUGAUAAUUUCAGACUGAGGACUCUGAGUUUGAGGAAGGGUGCUUCACCAAUCAAUACAUGUGGUUCCAGUAAAAGUGUUCAGGGAAACUAAUAUAUGUUAGGGGGAGGGAGGGAGAGGGGAAAGGGUUUGUCUGACUUGAAUGAGCACAAUCAGACAUACUUAGUAGUACCCUAGCUCCCACCUUCUCAAGCCUGUUUCACACCUUAAGUUGGUCGGCCUUAAGGUAGGCAAGCACCACCAAAGCAAGGUGAAAAUGGGGAAGAGGGGAGUGAAAGACUGCUUUCUUCUCAUCAGUCACCUUCAAGGCGGACUUCAUCACUUUUUUUGUUUGGUUAUCACAGUCAACCACUAUUUAAGAGCCUGGACCUUCUAUGCCUUAGCUUGGUUGUUAUUUUUAACUUACUCUAAGGAAGUAAACUUUUGAUCAUUUUCAUCAGUGGACAGAGUGUGGAGAUCAAGUAAAGUAGACUCAUCUAUCGUCAGACCCACCUAUGGUCACAGCAGUGUGCUUCACCCAGGUACAGGACGUAUUUAUGUACAUGGUGGUUACAGAAUGCUUAACAGCUCCUGCUACAGAGCAUCCAGUGAAACGUUCUACUAUGAGUCCAAGGCUGGAAAAUGGUACCAGCUGCAUAAUAUUGGUAUACCAAGGUUUCUUCAUUCAGCAGUCAUUAUUGAUAGCGCAAUGAUCAUUUUUGGUGGCAGAGGAGAGAAGGAAUUGGUAUCACGCCACCUGAUGGUGUUCGACAUUAGUAAGUGUCCUCCUUGGCUUUCACGAUUUUUCCAGUGGUAUUUCAGUGUGUAUCCAGCUUGUAUGUUUCAAUUUUGAGUGCCAUUUUUCUUUCUAAUUUUGCUAAGACUUAAAGCAAAAGUUUGUUUUCGAGUUUGUGUCAUCAUGGAAAGUUUUUUUUUGAUAAAAUCCCAAUGGAUUUAGCUGCUCACAACACAUUGUGAGAACCAUUGCGUUUCGUUUUGAUAGAUUUUUGUUUUUUUCUUUUUUUUCAGUUCUCACUAAAAGUAAUGUUAUGAUUGUAGCGGCUUCAUUCCUAUAAAAAAUAUCAAUUAUUGUAUCGAUUAUUAGAGGGAGUAUAGUCAAGGAAUCGGAUGAUUAUGAUCGUCUUAUCUUUCGUGGUACAGUGGCAAAGGCACAGACAAUUAUACUGCUUAAAUCUACAGGUAGCUUUUGAAAAAACUUUGAGCUCGUCUGAUCAGGCAAUACAUUAUUUUCAGAUGAAAUGAAAUGGAAAUUUCCAAUCAAUACUACUGUACCAAAGACUGCAUCUCGUUAUGGACACUCAUCUGUGGUUGUUGACAGGUGAAAAGUUUCUUUUGACUUGUUUAUGGCUUCAAGAUAUUCGUAUGAUUUGUCUGCAGUUGCGCGAGUGAAACUGUUCUUUUUGUUUUUGUAGCAUCAUGUAUGCCUUUGGUGGAUUUGCAGGACUUAUGUUUAACUCUUUCCUUCAAUACUCCCAAGGUAAGUUUGGUUUAUCCAGGAUAAAUUUCAACACACUUGAAAACUGCUCUGAGUGUGGCAACAUUAAAUCAGUGAUGACGGAAGCUUUUUGGACUUUUAAUAAUUAUGGCAACGAUACAGUGGUGGUUGUUCAUACAUGCCAAGUCUGAUGAUACGUUGAUUGAUCAAGUGAUGGAGGGGCACUUCCUAGCGCAGAUAUCCGAAAGUAAGGGAUUUAUGUUAAAGCUCUUCAGCCCUUUGCCUUUCUCCCCUCUCUCUCCCCCCCCCCCCCCCCCCGCCCACUCUCCCUCUUUAUUUCUAUUAGGAGAGCUUGCUUUACACGACACACGAUACAGUGGUAUUGCUGGCCAUGAUAUUAAUGAUGAUAUGUGUGUGUUUGCUGAUUUGUGUUGACAGGAGAUUGUAUGUCACCGGGAUCUUCAAUCAACUGCUUUGAAGCAUUCCCUACCCCCAGUGUUCUUUUAAAACCGCUUGUUUCUUCAGGUGCGUAUAAAAACAUUAUAGUGUAACUCUUCCAAUGCGAUCAACUCGUUUGUUUCCCACAACUUCACUCUGAUAACGACAACAAACAGUCAUGCUGCUCUUGAGUCGACUAUGAGAGAGGCAGGCACUUCUAGCACUGUACAUUAAAUGUCUAUUUGUAGAUGUCGUACAAUCGUAAAGGAAGUUGUCAACAGCAGACUGGCCAUUCACAGUACGUUAAACAGAUAUUUUUACCACGCAGAUUCAUGUACGUCCCAUAACCCUAGCAGCGACCAGUGUCAUUUGCGGCACACUUGUGCAGACUGCCUUAGAGGAGAUUCCGAUGAUAGCUGCCUGUGGUGCGAAACUCUAAACCAGUGUGUGUCAAAAGUCACCCUUCGUGUCACGUUCCCAUAUCAGCAGUGCAUGCAGAUACUUGAGCGUGGCACUGGCGCAUGUUCAGGUGAGAUUCACGCAGCCCUGCACAAAAGGUUUUUUUGUGUACGCGUGUCUGUCCACUCCAUCAAGGUAUUUAGAGCACGAGAGUGUUAUAUUCCAUGCAAGGUUCCCGAGUUCAAAGGGGAGCUCUGCACUGAAUAAUUUUUUUUUACAAGAAGUCUUCCCUUAAUAUCUGGCUGAAAUGUUGACGGAAAAGUUAAGACUUUGAAAAAAAAAUUUUGUUUGCAAAAAAAAAAAGACCCUUUACAGGAAUGGCCACCAAGACUAAGAAAAGUUGCAUUCUAUCAGCAAGGAAGUACAAGGCUGAAACUGUGCGCUCUUAAAAGUUGAAGUCAGUGCGAUUUAUAAUUGAGGAAAUGACAAGAAGUGGAAAAUUCGACAACAGAUGAUAGAAUUGGCGCAUAGCAGAGCGUAGUGUACCUACAUACUCACAAGUACCUAUUCGUUUGUUUAUUUAUUCAUCUUUUGGAAAGCUUUGUGUGUUUUAAUGUUUUGUUGUGUAUUUCGUCUUUGGUUAGCUUUUUACUUGCUUUUGAUGUAUUUUGUGUUGUGUCUUUGUUACAACAUGGCUCGCCUAGAUGAGUUUAGGCUACCCACGGGUCCGUUAAAAAUGUGGUAAUUUUGAUAAUCAUUUUCGAGCGCCCGUGCCUGUGUAAGGUGAAGAAGAGGGGAGAAUGAGUUACGCUUUAGAAUACUUACUUUGUUUUGGUUUUUGUUGACAUGACUCGCUGUCUUAUAAUGACAGAUUUACAGUGUGCGAAUGUGAAAACUUGCCGUGACUGUUCAAUGCUCCCUGGGUGUGGUUGGUGCGAUGAUGGGUCUGGGACUGGUUCGGGGAGGUGCAUGCCUGGGGGCAAGAAUGAACCCUUUCUGGGAAGUGGAGACUCUUAUGCCGACUGUUCGAAGUCACGCUGGAAUUUUAUAAACUGUCCAGGUAACAGAAAUAUAAUAUAGAAGUUAUUUGGCUUUGAUAAUCACUGAUAAGGUGACUGUAGCCAUUUUGAGGCUGUAAGAAAUGAGCCUUAGUUGUCAAUAAAUUUUCCUCUUUGAGGGCAGCAGUUCAGUUCAGCGUCAUAUUUAGCUACAAUGUUCAACAAUAUCGCAAUCAUUUCACGCGAGGCUUAUUUGAUCUUGUUCUUUCCAUAAUGACUUUGAGUAAAAACCGUCUUUGGUACAAUGCCGUCAUCUUACAGAUAAGGUGUGAAACAAAUACUACCCGUAACGCCACAGUUAACUCUGGUUGUCACGUAAUUCUCCUCAUUAGAUGCAACAUUUUUUAUUUGCACGAGACACGUACUUGUCCUUUUUGAAGACCGCUGUACACGUAUCUCAUUAUAUGACGAACUUCUUUUUGGUAUGCAGCUUGUCAGUGCAAUGGCCAUAGCAAGUGCGUUGAGGGAAACCGGUGUGAAAACUGCGAGGAUAAUACUGCUGGUGAGAUGAAAUGUUGAGGAAACAAUAUAGAAUACUGGCAGACGAAGCACCGCCAACAAUGACCGCACCAACAGCAUCUUUAAGCCUUUAGCCCCUAGGAGUAACUAUCAUCUAAAAACGGGAACAAAGGAAAUGAUCACCAACUUAAGAUGCUCUUGAUUGGUUGACAAAUUCUCCUUGUCAGCACCGUAGGAAAUGUAUGAAGAACAGAUUGGAGAAUAUGGUAUCAUUAUGUCAAGAGACCGCCUGAAAUUUUAUUCUUUUUUACUGUAUUUUUUUGGCACAGGUGCUCACUGCGAACGAUGUGCUGAUGGGUAUUAUGGAGACCCUAGGAAUGGAGGGAAAUGUGCAGGUUAGGAAUGAGACUUUUUAAUCUGUAGUAUCACUUAGUUGUAAGUUGAAUUAAUUUAUUUGUUCUUUGAGGCACAGAGAAAGUGCCACAUAGCUAACACUGACACUAUUCCUCUCUGUAGGACUGCAUGCGCACCAUAAGUUCCGCUCCUGUACGUAUAUAACCGUUUGAAGUUCUUUUGCUCUAAUUCAUAUCACUUAGUAGCACAGAGUUAUUGGUUCUAUUGAAUUAUCACUUUAAUAUACUUCUUUUCAUUAAAAAUACCAGCUUUGAAACUUGUUAUGAUUUUUCAUUUUUUCCCAAAUACCUUAAUGACGGUGUAAUGUAAAGACCAAAUGAAAACAAACCAAUGACAGCAUCAUAUGUGGGCGUUUUCCCUUACACAUGGUGACUUUGAUAAUGGCUGAUUGAUUUUUAAGAGAUUGCGUUUUUUCCGCUUGCUUUCAGAUUGCAGAUGUUCUUCCCAAACUAAGUUGUGUGAUUCUGAAGGCAAAUGUCGAUGUCUUGCCCUCGGCGCCACUGGUGAUAGGUGUGAUAGGUAGGUGUUCGCAAUCAUCCGCUGUGUGUUAUUGUUGUUUUAAAUCUGCUAAUAAGGGGUCAGAGUGAUAUCUUUUUUCUUUUUUUAACUCCACAAUGACUGCUUGACUCGUUAGAUGACUCUUUUCCUAAGUCAGGUUUCGCCGUAAAAAACAUUUACUUAAAUACUCCCUUUUUUUUCGCCAAUCGAGCUUGUUUCUUUAAUAUUCUUCUUGAGUCCAUUUCUUCACUUAGAACUCUUUCACUCUUUCAGCGUCACUGGUUCGGGCAGUAUGCAGGACGUGUGUCACUUACUAAUGAUGUUUGUGACUCACACUUGUCUGUUUUCCCUUUAGUUCAGUAUUACAGCUUCUAAGUGAUGUAUUUAGGUGAUUGGGUCUAUCCCUUUAGAAAAUAUUUCCGAGUCUUUCACCUAAUAAAUCUUAAAAAGUCCAUCAGAAUCGCGAGUUUCGUCUAGAAAUUUACUUAUCUGGCGGGACAGUAGUGAUCAACACCGCAAUUCUUUGUCACAGUGGAUCGAACUGGUCAGCUAGUGCUGACUCAUAGUAGGCACCCUUAAUAACCUAAAUACAUUUUAUGAUGCAGUCUACGUACAAUGAUUAUGAAUGGAAAGAAAAAAGACUGUUUUGGCUUUACUUCACGGCAUGGUGUGUGAUCUGUCUAGUUUACUGGCGUUAUCCUUUUAGCUAAUCAAAUCCAAACUAAAAUCAAAAUUGACUUUGCUUUGCGUAUCCUUUUUCGCUUGAGGUAGGGUACAUGUAUUACCUUUGAUUUUUGUCGCAUUAACUUUUGUCCAAGUGAGUGACUAGUACACCAUACUAUCAUACAGGUUCAUGACUUUCUUCAUCAUCUCCGCAGGUGUUUGCCUGGUUAUAAUCGUGGAGGUGACUUCUGUUACUGUACGUUGAACUGAUUUUUAGGCUGUUUUGUAUCCAGGAAAGUUGUCGGUUGAUCACAGAGAGUGUUCCCUUUGUUAAGCGUUUGUAAUAAAGUAUAUCAACCCUUCUACAGUUGGGGGGGGUAAGGGAAGGGGGAGGGGUGGGAAUUAAAACCAUUCAAUGUAUAGGUGCUGAGGAAAUUCACAUCAGAAUCAACUUUAGUGCCACUGAUUCAUGUUGUAACUCAUAAGUUUCAUUUCGUUGAAGAAAACUAAUGUUAGGAAACGAUAAAGGACAAAUGUACGUGUUGGGGCCUACAAUAUGUUAGGGGUAUUCUCAAUAUGAACAAUUUCAGAUUAUUAAAAUUGUGUUGGCUUGAAAUUUUAGUAUUUACUUUUCUAAUCUAUCCUCUGAUGGCAGCGAGGAAUAUCGUAACUAAAACUAAAUAAAGUUUAAUCGCCAUCUUCAGUAAGAGUGUAAUGCACAAUUGUGAGGCAAUCAGGCCAACCCUUCUGGUGGGUUUUACCUGCCCUUUUGCAGACUGCUUGUUCGCUUUGGUUUAUUCUGUUAUUUCAAUUAUUGGAGAAUUUCUAAUAUCAUUGGGGGUGAUGUGACGAGUUAUGUUCUCAUUUUGUUAUGGCGAGACGAAUUUGUCACUAAGAUAUAAUACCGUCAAGAAGUACAGGGAAAAUACACUGCAAAUGUGUAACAGAGUUAAAACAAAGCCGUGAAUGGGAGUGACGUGGUAUUUAAAAUCAUGAUAUACCCGAGAUAUCAAGGGUUAGAUCACGAGAAAGAAGGGUUGCAAUGUUAUCAGUGGUGUGAGUAUCCUAGAAAGUAGCAGUGAUACAGUGGUUGGAGAUAACAGGUCCGCCAACUUUCAGUUCUUUUAACUUCGCAAUAAACAAAUGCCGAAAAAAAAUCAUUUUUUUCUUUAUUUCUAGAUACUUUUCUUGGAUCUAAGAAAGAUUUUAAUGUAACAGGAUUCAAGACUUUCAAUUUUGAGUAUACACUCAAAGAGGUAAUAUAUAGUUUAUAUAGUGGCUCUACGAUCCCUUAACCACUCUUUUGUGAUCAACGGUAUCGUAGUGGUGGUAUGGAAACCUCGCUUUGAAUCGUAUUCUUCGCUAGAGUGUUGACUCAAAGACGCAUGCGUGGCCUUACUAAGUCAAAUACGUUUUAUUGAGAAUACGUCAGCUUUUCUGUUUUCAGUGCAGCUCUUCUUUCCUGAUUGGUAGGAGAUAGGUUAAUCUAAGGUGUAAGUAAGCAAUUCUCAUCACCUGUACGACAUGUAACCAGUGGCCUGCCCAACGGUGAUUCCACUGAUCUGAACGAAAAGGGUACCACGCCCUUUCUCGUUCCAAUCUUUCGUUUAUCCAAACACUCGACCCCCCAAUCGAAGAAAAAAAAUCAAUAAGCAAGUACAGCUAUGAAAGUAUAUUGAUCCCUAGUUGGUAUUGGCUUUUUUUAGACAGGCGUUUGUGAUUUUAUAGCUGUUAAAGGACCCAGUCAAAGUUAAAUUUUUAGAUAUCGACCGUGCGUUAAAUUUAUUUUUCAGGAAAAACGUAGUGUUUCUGUGGCGAUUAAGUGGAAAGGUGGCAACAAAGGAUCUAAGGCGAGGGUGAACAUAACCAUGGGCGAUAGUAAGUACAAACCCGCUUUGUGUAGAGGCUUACACAGCUGUUGUCAGUUAGCUUUGGCUGUUUUUCGUUUUGUUUUGUUUUUUUUCAUAAAUGGCUUUUUAAGUCGGAAAUGGCUAAAAGCAGUGUCCUAGUUGUUUUUAUGACCCUCAAGUUCAGGCCUGAUUCUUGGGCUCUCGUAGGGCUUCUGUCCAAACAGGAGUGAAUAGAGGAAUGAAUGUUAACUUUAUUUAUACACGGGUAUGAAUUGAUGGGUACGGAGCAUGAAUCUGUACCAGCAAACGGUCACGGGAAACCUAAGGAGGACUGCGAGUGUCACGGGAAACAUAAAGAGGACUGCGAGGGGGAAGGGAGGGGUGGGGUGGGGUGGAAUAGGAGUUGGACAAGCAUCCUAACCGGGAGGAGUAAAAAUAGUUCCUUUUGCUUCACGGAGAGCAGGUUAAGCUCUGGCAGCUAUGCAAUUAAUUUUCGUUUCCGAACUGUAUUUUAUGUUACAUUUGCCUUUUUUAUUUAGAUAAUGAAGAGGAAAUUAAAUACGGUCAUGAGAAGGUUCCAUUCACGACUGAGUUUCGCUAUAAUGAGUAUGAGUUCGGUUCUGAUGGGAUUACUAUCAGAGGUUACAUAUAUGACAUCGAGUCUGGUGAUGAAGGAGCCUUUCUCCGUGUAAGUUUAAACAGAACAAUUAUAUCCACUGUCCACUGUCCACUAUCCCUUUGGCGUCAACUCUCGACCAUUUGGGAUAACGCUGAAUUACUGGGAGAGUAUCAGGUAAACUUAGUUUUCCGGUGUAGGACGGUAUGGAAGAAACCCUGGAGUGACAGAGUCACUUAGAAUACUCACCUUGUUGCAGUGUUUUAUAAAAAUCAGUUUUAAGUGCUGCUAUCUAUACGUUCUUAUUUUUUUCUUUUCUAUGGCCAUUUUCGAAAACCCAGAGAACUCUUAUUGAUUGCGAGACUACGUAAAGGUUAUUUGCUGUUACCCACUAUUUUCACUGUUACAGAUUACUAUCGAAAAUCUGGCGGAAACCAUUGAUCUCCUGGAGUUCUUUCUGACGUUUUUCGGGUAAGCUUCACCGUGUUUGUGUUGUUACUUACCAGGAAAUAGUUGUUCUAAUCUCGGACUAUCACAGCUCAACUUCCCUCCUCUAUUUCAAGGAGGGCCUUUCACAACCUGCAGGGUGAUGGUUCGGCUAUCAAGUUAUUUUGGUUGGGUGCUUUCUUUCUUCGCUAUAUCGUGUCACAAGGCUUAUACCUUUUACCCUUGGAUUACAACUCUCUACCUAGGAGUGUUGCGCUGGGGUGCCGUUUGAUCGAAAGUCGUUCGUUAUUACAACGUGGAAUCAAAACAAAUGAAAACUGGUCAAAUGAAUAUAAUGAAAGCUUAAAGGGAAUAUUGGUAAACUGUGUCAGAUACGUGAAAUUUGAGUGACUAAGUCGCCCUUAGAUUUAGUUUUGCAUCUUAUUGUUGUAGGUUGUAGCGUAUGGACUUAGAACAAUCACAGAGAACAGAAAAUUCAAAACCACUGCAAUUCCGGCUUUCUUGGACACUAAAUUGAAAUUUCCUCCAAAGUGCAUAAUUGAGAUUGUGAGCUGGGAAAUAAUUGCCGAAGACCUACCCGUUGCUCUCACCAUUGUCCAUUCAUAUUUUGGCGUAGUCAUCACUGGAUUACAUUUUGAAAUACACUCUGUGCUUCUUUUUCUCACUAGUUUGAAAUCUUAAUCGCUUAUUUUAAAUGGGUUGUUCGUUAGAGAGUUUAUCCCCGUCUUAAACCUCGAACUCCCAUGAGUGACCAAAACAGAAUUUCUCCUUGCAAUAUCCAUACAAUAUCAAGAAGACUAGUGAUGAGAAGAAAGAAAAAUAUCCAUCAGGGGAUUAGUAGUCGAUCCAUUACCAAAUUCGCCAAACUAACAUCGUAAGAAUUGUAUGAAAGACUAUAAUGAGAAUUUUACUAAUAAGAUCCUAGGAGUGAAAGGUCAAAUGAAGACUCCAUGUCUUGAUGUCUAUUGAAUUGUUUACUUCAGAAUUGUAGUGAUAACUCAUGGUGAUUCUUUUCCGUAGCUGUUUCCUGUCGUUGCUUCUCAUGGCCGGAAUCGUGUGGAAAGUGAGGAAUCGCUAUAUCUCUUACAUCCUGAACAGGGUAAGAACCUUGGGUUUUCAGCAGUUGAAUUUCUGUCAUUAAUACUAUUGGCGGCAUGUCAGUCACCAAUGAACGGUUUUCUUUUCUUGUUUCAGCAACGACGAGAGGAAAGACAAAAGAUGGCCAGCCGUCCAUUUGCUAAAGUGUCAGUUUUCCUUCAUGCUCAUAAUAAGGUUGGUUCUUCACACUGUAAAUGGGCUUCAUCAUAUUUUUUGCGUCAUUUCACGUAGAGUGUUGAAGAUCUCUUUCUCAAUCUAUCUAUCUAUCUUAUCUUACCCACUAAGGCCAUACUGCCCCCUUUCCUUUAAUGAUGAAAUUUUCAGCGUUUUCUUUUUUGCAAAGGGUAGGUUUCCUUCACUUUUGAAGAUGAUUAUUAAAAGGAACAUUAACUCGGAAUAUAUUGACAGAAGUCCAUUUUAACCAUGACAUGAGAAAAGCAAUUGAACUGCCAUGACAUUAUUAGACUCAUUAUUAGCUCGAACCUUUCUCUUGUCCUGUGGUACGGCAAUGGCAGGUUUUGGGGCAAUUUGUACGUAGACAGCUCCUGCCUUUGCUCUUUAUUUCUUUACAUAACUGUGUCGUUCAAGUUGAACAGAACAUCUUAUGUACGGUACUUACCAUUCGUGUGAACCAUCCGAAUUGAAUUUCUGGCGUGCAAAUUAAUGAUUGAAUUUGGGUUUAAGCGAAUAAAACUUACCUAAACUCUUUGAAAAGACUGAAUUUCUUUUUUCUCGUGUAUAUGAAAUAGUAAGCACAUCUUUCUGCCUAGUUGUUGCGUGUAAUUCAGUGGUAAUGAGAUUUUUAUGUCAUGUUCAGAAGAACUGUCUGACAUUAAUAAAGUUAGCCGGAAUAUAAUCAUGCUCCAACCACUCUCCUCUUAUAUGCGAUACUUCAGUCCACCCCUGGACCUGUUGCUGUGGAAACCUGUGAAAAUGGCAAAGCGUCCGUGCUUACCGUUCUUAUGAGGUUACCUGGGACUGAGGAUGGCUUAACUCCUAUUGGCCAAAGUGGUCUGUGUUUCGCGAGUGUGUUAGGGACCCACACGGAACAGACAACGAGUGCCCCGGCACCGAAGGCUACACGAAUUAGGACCACCAAGCGAUGCGCCUCAACGUGCGUAUAAUCCGAGAACAAAAGUUCAAAUGUAGAUGUGAAUUACUUUGCCUGCUACCUUGCAAGGACUUUUUAGGAAACAAAUUUCCAAUUUAAAGUGUUUCAUGGCACGACUUAACUCGAACUUUGAAUAAGUGCGUUUGAAAAGAUUGUUGAGCAAUCGUGAAACUACGUAUCGAGAACCUUCAGUUAGGGAUUUUCUCCCAAUUCUGUCGAGGUAACAACUUAUGCUUAAUUUACUUGGAAUCUUAAACUCGAGCGCGAUGUAAACUGCUUUAGGUAUAUGCUUUAUAGAAAUGGUUGGACUGGGCUGCUCCUGAUUGUACAGAAAAGAUCAGGAUUCCUUCCCAUGAACACUCUACUUACUUCGCUCUGAUCGUAACUUCGACCUCGAGUUAUUUAGUUUCAUAGAUUGAAAAUUGGAGGAAGAAUUUGAUUUUGAAGUAUUGAGUUUAUAUUUUUAUAGAAAUUUGUAUUGAGUUUAAAAUUAAUUGCAACAGGACUUGUAAUUUCUCCCUUUCCCACUAGUUUAUAUUUAAUAGUAGUUUAUGUCUGCUAGACUCUCUCGUCAGACUGUAACCUGGUAGCAACAGUGCAAGCGAACAAAUAAGACUUUUUUAUUCCAAGUUUUAUCAGAAAAAAUGGCGAGAUAUGUUUGGCGAAUUCCAAAGACUUUGGGUUGUAGUAAGAUACCUCUCAUUUUUUUAUUGAUAAAAAAUAGGAGAUAUUCAUUUAUUUAUAAGUUUGUAAAUGUUAAUUGAAUUGUUUAAAAAAAAUUGAAAAAAAAUUAAGUUAAUGUUUUCAACGAAGCAAGACAUUGAAUCAAUUAAGAUAGAAUUAUCAGGAUUUUGUACAGAAAUAUAAAAUAAAUGAAGCGGAAC